AUGACAAGCAAAGUAAAGGCUUCAGCUUAUCGUCUGAUUGGUGGUUCGAAAACGGUAUACUGUGCGGAUUAUGAAGAGAAAAUUUCACUUUUCAACAAUUUCAAAAAACAAACGGAAAAAUUAAUCGGUCUCAUAGUUACGCUGGUCACUGAUAAUUUGGCAACUGAAUUGAAACAAAAGAUCUCAAAAGAUACAAUUGAUAGUGGCAUGAAUAAGUAUGAAAAAGUUGGCCAAGCGCUCUAUAAAUAUAGUAGCGAGAUCGAAAAUGAUUCGUUUGCAGUAGUUCUAAAAAAAGCCAAAGAAGUAUUCGAUAACGCUGGUCAAAAACAUCGCACAUUUCGAACAAAUAUGUUAGAGAAGGUGCAAAAACCGAUGAAAGAGUGGAUUGAGACAAAUGCUAAACAUGUGAGCAAGGAGUUGAAAUCUGUAAACAAUAAGCGAGACGAGCUGGAUUGUGCCAUCAAUAAAUUACGAAGAAAACCGGAUGAUCUCGAAGUUCAAGCCAUGAAGGAGCGCGCCGAAACCACAUUUCAAGAAGAAUUUGAAAAAACUAAUAAAUUAUUAGAUGACGAAAUUAAGGAAUCUGUAAGGCAAAUUUCUAAUUUCUAA